AUGUCUCUGCCAGCCAAGCGCAAGGGAGCAGGCGAGGAAGCUGCAGACGACGUUGUUGGUCAGCCAGGAUCAACUGUGAAGCGGCAACGCACCGACGAAGCUGGCACUGCUACUGUGAAGAGAGAGCCGUCAGAUAGAAGUGCAUACAGUGAUUCGGGGGAAAUCAGCCUCGAGAGGGCCGUGGAGCAGGAGGAGCGGCCAAUCAGUCCCAUGACAAGGAUAGUGAAGCUCAGAGAUGGGCAGGGCAUCAUCAAGCAGGAGGAACCACCCACGAGCCACAUCAACGUUACUGCUACCAAGAUGGAAAGCCCGGCGAGGUUGCAAAGCAGAGAGCGAGGAAGCUCCGGCAUCCCGGACACGACCGAGGAGCCAAGCGAGCGACAGCAGCGACGCAGCGCCGCUCCGUCGCCGUUUGCCUCUGCGCACAGCGCACAGCGCCGCCUCAUCGGCCUCCAGGACAUCCCCUCGGUACUCGCGAGCGUCCUCGUCCCCGGCGCCAGCAACCCCGGCCGCUGCCCCUGCGGCCACUACCUCUUCUACGCGGUCUGCAGGCACGUCUGCAGGACCGAGGCCUUCAAGUGCGGCGCUCGGCGGGCGCGCUCCGGCGCCGCCGUCUUUUGCGCGGUCCCCGCGCCGCGGCACAAUGUCGACGACUGCAUUGUCAACCAGCCUUGCCCGCACUGCCUCGAUCCCACCCCCGUGGUGCUGCUCGGACAGUAA